AUGAAGUUCACCACUAUCCUCUUCGCUAUCACCUCGGUCAUCACCGUUGCCUCUGCUGCCCCAUCUAUGACCGACGAGCAGGUCUCCAAGGCUGUCCUCGAGAAACCUCCACCUCUACCACUUGCAAAGAAGGAGUAUGGAGAUGCUGUUGAACCAGAUGUGCAAAGAUACCGUGGUGGAUGA